CUGGCAGACUAGCAAUAGAGAUAUCGACACGCAGGCACCCACAUCAACACAAUCAAAACUGUCCAUCCCCACACACCCAGCCCCCUCAGAAGAUCUCCACGUCCACCCUAUACACCUCGUCAGCCCCCGCAGUGCUCCUCAGAAUCUCCCGCACACACUCCACCUCCCUAUCAGCCUCGCUGCCAGCCUCCAACACACCCGCACCAGGCGAACCAGCCAGCACCAGCAGCACACACGUCUGUCGGUGCACCCUCUCCUUGGCUACCACCUCCCACGCACACGGCACGAUGCCGUUGGCGACGUCCUCUCCCUCGACGGCACUGAGGCAGCUGGUGGCGUCGACGGCCUUGAGCUGCCGACCCAUGCUGCCCUUGAGCGACUCCUGCGCCUUGCGCGGGCUGCCGGCCUCUAGAUACUCGUGACGCGUCAUCCACCCCCGCAGCCGGCUGUGGGCGUUGGACAGGGAAUCGCAUGAGGUGCUCUCAGGCGUCUCCCGAGCAGGGGUGUCCUCAUCGCUGGCUGGUGAGAGCGGCGGGAGUGUGAGCAGUGAGCACGGUUCGGUGAUGUCCAUCUCAAGCAGCGUGUCGAGCGGCACCCGGUAGUGCUUGGCGUGAGGGCCGUGAGGCAGGGGAUUGUCUUCGGGCUCCGAUGAUGGGCCGCCGCUGUUGUCUGAUGGACGUGACAGCGGGAUGGGACUCACAGGGCUCUCUGGUGGAGCGUCGGUGACGGGGAGGGAGAGGUUUGCCUCGCGCCACUCGCAGUUCUUGAGGCCCCUCGACGGUGGAUCGAAGACGCCCACGUAGGCAAACAGAUGCCGCAGGAAUGCGCUGUGGCUGACCACCACCACCACAGGGUCCUCUCCCGCCGCAUCCUUCUCGUCUAGCAGCCGCUCGAGCGUCUCGAGGAACUUACCGCACCGCCGCUCCACAUCAGCACGCUUCUCGCGAGGGGCUGAUGGGCCCAGCGGAUCCUCCUCGUCGUCUCCAAUUACGCGGAACCCGCCAUCAAAUAGCCCUUCGUACUUGGCCUUGAAGUCGCUGAGCCGCAUGCGACCGUCACACACGUGGGCACCGCCCCACUCCCGCAGAUGCUCGAUUGCUGUAACGCUCUUGAGUGCCGGCAUGGCGUGCCGGGCCGUCUCGACGGUGCGGCUGAGGGUGGACGUGAGCACCAGCAGGGGACGGGAUGCAGAAGAGCCGUUGAGUGCCUCGCGGACGGCUGCGGGCAUGUGUGUGCUGGCGUUCUUGGACUGCUCGAUCCCCUUGUCGGUCAGCAUGGCGUCGAAGUGAGAGGGAUCUCGAAACACAGACUCGCGAGACUCACCCUGAAUGCGCACAUGCAUCACCACGUCAAAUCAAUGAAUGUACUCCCUGCUCCGCAUGCUCACCGGCUUUCGUCGUUUGGCUGCCAGGUUGUGGGUCCCUUCUGCAUGGCGAAGGAAGUACACCGUCACUGGACGGGAACGGGUCGACUGCUGCAUCUCCACUGACCCUCCCUCAGUGUCAGGGAGCAGCGUGAUGAGGCAAAGAGCAGCGCAGCUGAAAAUCCGUACCAGCUGAAGAGUCAUCAACACACUGCUGCGCUGCGCAACCCCAGACGUUACCGG